UCUCUUGACAUGACAUGUAGUUAGUCUGCAGAGAAAGACAACGGGAGAAUAACGGGAACUGGGUCGGUUUGGAAAUUAAAUCAAACAGAGCGAAACGCGCCCGAGCGUGGAAGCUGCGACACUCAACAGAGGCUGAGAUCUUCUGCUUCCACUUCCUGGCAUCUACAGAUGGACGAGUAGCCGGUGGAGUAUUGGAAUCAGACGAGGCAGAGAGAGAGGGAUGAAGAUGCUCUCCAUGUUCCUCCUGGACCAUUGCAUUAGCUCACUUUAAAGUGUACCUGGUUUUCUUUUCAAGACCAGACUGAGGAAUAGUUGCUAACACUUUUUAUUACCUCUUGCUUGACUUUGAGCAGAGCAAACUUAUUGGCAUCUUUGUAAUUACUUGUGGUUAUUAAGUUUAUUUAAAUCAUGGCAAACAUGUGCCCAUAUGGCCGCUUCACCCACGCCGUGGUGCGGGGCAUCCCAGAGACCUUUGGGAAGGCGGUGGGAGACGGUCAUGAGAACGGGGAGACCUCGGUGGACUUGGCCAAAGCUCAGCGUCAAUUCGGCUGCCUGACGGGAGCCCUGAGGCAGAAGGUGGGCCUGCAGCUGAUCGAGAUCCCACCCGACCUUGAGCUGCCAGAAAGCUGGAGGAUAGAGGAUGUGGCUGUCAUCCAGGGAGACACAGUGCUCAUCACCAGGCCCUUCAAACAGCAGAGGCGCAGCGAGGUGGAGGCAGUGAGGAAGGUGGUGUCAGAGCUGAACCUGACCGUAGUGGAGAUGGGGGCCGAGGAGGGGGACUCUGGAGGAGCCACGCUGGAGGGCAGCGACGUCCUCUUCACCGGGAGGGAGUUCUUUGUCGGCAUCUCCUCCCACACCAACCACAGAGGGGCGGAGGUGCUGGCAGACACGUUCAGGGACUUCGCUGUGUCCACCGUCCCCGUCUGUGGUGGAGCCCGACUGAGAAAUAUCUGCUCCAUGGGAGGUCCAGACACAAUCAUCAUUAGCAACAGUGAGGGGGCCAAGAAGACACUCCGGAUGAUGGAACAGCUGACUGAUCACCACUAUGAAGUGCUCACUGUUCCAGAGGACUCGGCAGCAAACUGCAUCUACAUCAAAGGGCCGUCUAAACUGGACUUCCUGCUCCACCGGCCUGCAGAGGAAUGUCCUGACAGUGUCUCUGCCUUCCAGAAGCUGCAGGACUACACCCUCCUGCCAACAGCCUGCAGUGAGGCCUCCAAACUGGGAGCGUCUCUGUCCUCGCUCUGCCUCCUCAUCAACAGAAAACACACUUACUUCUGAAAACACAUCAGUAUUACCAGUACACAUGUUCACGGUGGGGUGAAGGGUCCACGUCAAACACUUUCCACAGAUUAAGAUUCUUGUCUAUUUCUAGGGGAAAACACUGACUCACAGCAUCUGUAUGAGAAUGUGAUCCAACUAACAUCUGCUAACGGCCUUACUGUAAACUGAAUCUCGGCACCACUGCCCCCCCUGCUGUUCAGUGCGCUGUUUCCUCACAACUAUCCAUGAAACCACUCAAUUAAACUAAUUUCACCAGUUUUAACUUGGUACCACUGAGCUGUCCAGAUCAUGUGAAAAGAAAGACGAUGUUGGUACAAAGUUUAAAACGUUCAUACCAGCCCAACUAUGAAGGAAAAUCAGUUUCCCAGUGGCCUGGAUAAGCAGCAUAAAAUUGACACUUAUCCAACACGGCUUUUGACACGCAAAAUAUUUUCUUGUCAACUCAACUUUACACAUUCAGUGCUUUUUAAUAUUGCAGGUACCAGUUAUGUCUACAGAUUUGACAAUAUAUCUAUUUCAAUACUGCUCCAGUAUUUGUAGCUGCUAAUAGAAUUUUUUUUUUUUUUUAAAUGGUUUUAGCUUUCUUGUGUGAAUUUGUAGUGAUUCCAAUAAAAUUCAUCUGACUGACCA